CAUGAAGACAACAAAAAUAAUAAUACAUUAUAGUAACUCUACAAUCUACUAUUUGUUGCCCCUAAUAGGCUUCCCACCGCACCUUCCAACCUCUGCGCAUCUUCUGGGCAUAUUAGCAAUACGCUCCCGUAUUUGCUUUAAGGUAAUUUUGUCCCAUUCCUCCUAAAUACCUAUCUUUAUAUCCUCCUCAGAAUCAAAUAACCUACGCCUCAAUCUUUGCUUUAUAAUGCUCCAAAUAGCUUUAAUGGGAUUGAGAUCAGGGCUUUGGGCAGGAUGGACAAGGUUUUGGAUAUUGUGGGCACUCUUAUACUCUUAU